AUGAAAGCACACGGUAAUUCUCAUCAUGAGCCUUGUGCCUCUGAGGCCUCUAGCAUCUCAGCCACUUCUGAAGGUCCUCCUUCACACAAAAAAGAAUUAGGUGUCGAUGAGUCCAAUAAGAUCAUGAUCAUGAAAAUGAAAGAAAAUUUUUCCAAAGCCUUUGACCAUGCUGAUCAGCCACCCUCUUCGGGAUCGGGUAGUUCUCAUGUCUUACUCGAUUUGAAGCUUUCUAGUGAUGAUUUGAAUCGAGGGUCAAUGAAGAAAGAACUCAAUCUUUUCGAUUCCAUGAAUUCUAGCUCUUCUCUGGUACCAAUCGAGCCUAUAUCCGAUGAAAAAAGCCCUGAAAAAAGUCCAGAUGAGUCAAGGAGAUUCUCAUGCAACUUUUGCCAGAGAAAGUUCCCUACGUCACAAGCCUUAGGUGGUCAUCAAAACGCACACAAACGAGAGCGUGCAUUGGCUAAACGACGUCAAGGUAUGGAUAAUAUGGGUGCUUUUGGACAUCCACAUCACUUUCCUUACUAUCCCUAUUCAAACCUUUCCACAAACCCUCUUUAUGGAUCUUUUAAUAGAUCAUCAUCAUCACCUCUUGGUGUUAGAAUGGAGUCUAUGAUUCAUAAGCCCUCUUUUGCUUGGUCCUCUUCACCCGGACACGGAUACCGAUAUGGUCACGGUGGUGGUUGGUCUAGGCAGACCUUAAUGAAUCCACAACCAUCUAUGGAUAGGUUAAGGAUUGAAGGGUCUCUAGCACAUAAUGGUGCUUUUGGACUUGCUGGUGGGAAUUCUAUUCCUACUACAAAAUUUGAUGAAAUUAGUACCAAUGCUCUUCGCAAUUUUGGUGGAUCUUCUACAGUUGCCACAUCAAACAUUGACAUUAACAUCAAGCCAAAUAUCACCGGCGGUGAUUAUCUACGUCGAGAGGAUCCUCCAAAAAAUGAUGCUUUGGAACUUGAUUUGUCACUAAAGCUUUAA